CGACGCCACAGCCAUUCAGCUCCUGCUCUUCGAACCAACUUUCCAUCUCUCUCCACAUUUGAGUCUCGGGGACGUGCUGAUCAUGCGUUCAAUCUAUUGGAGUGACGCAGAUAUAUUCGCUUUUAGUAACUUUUAGUGACUCCAACCAUGGAUAGAUGCGUGCGAUAGGCUGUGCGCAAGGUACCUAUCUGGGACGAUACGAGUGUUCUAGGCACCAGAGGCAUACUUGAAGGCAAACAGAUCUCGCUACUUGCUCCAAUUUUCAUACUCUCAAUCAUUGUGGAAACUUCGGUUCAGUACACCUUUUCACGCUUACACUCUUGCUAGCAGUAUCGCCCACUCAGGCGAGAGAUUUACUUGCUCUUGUUUCAGUAUACGUCUUCUCCUCGUUGUUAACCUUUCGUACAUUAUGUCUCUCUUCAACUUCAACGCAUCAGGCUCUCAUCAGCCAGCUUGGCGCGACCAUAUCUGUGGCCUGUACUACAGUAUUCCGUGCCAGGGCUACUUGCAAAAGAGAUAUCUUCCACAAGUAGAGCUCCAGGCACAUGCUACCAUCUUAGCAGCGACUUCACGAACGGCUCUCACCCAAACCUUUGUCAACCCCUCGACAGAGAAGGGUAUCAAGGAGGUUCGAUACACGUUUCCAUUGUAUGAUGGCGUAAGUGUCGUUGGCUUCACAUGCCACGUCGGAGAUCGCACCAUCGUUGGCGAAGUAAAAGAGAAGGAAAAGGCGAAGGCGGUCUUCCGGGAAGCUGUCGCAAGGGGCGAGACAGCAGGUUUGCUUGAACAGUUGCCGGAUGCUGCGGAUGUCUUCACCACGUCAGUUGGCAAUAUACCGCCAGGUGCGAGAGUUAUCAUCAAGAUCACAUACCUCGGCGAGCUUAAGCACGACAUGGAAGUAGAUGGUAUCCGAUUCACAAUUCCAAACAUUAUUUGUCCACGAUAUGGAGAAUACCACGGAAACCUCCAGACCAGUCCAGCUGCGGAUGCUGUAGACAGCAGCAUUUCGAUUACCGUCGACGCAGAGAUGGCAGAGGGAUCGUUCAUCCAAAAGAUCCAAUCACCAACUCAUCCCAUCUCGAUGACCAUGGGCACGACCUCCUUGGCACCGAACGCAGAACCAACGAUGCUGAAGGCUUCGGCAACGCUAACACUGGGGACCGCCCAGCUAGACACAGACUUCGUUCUCCAGGUUGUUGCAAAAGACACGGGCGUCCCGAAAGCUGUACUAGAGAACCAUCCUACAAUUGCCAGACACCGAGCUUUGAUGGCGACACUGGUUCCGAAAUUUGCCUUGCCUGCGGAGAAGCCAGAAGUUGUCUUCGUUUGUGACCGGAGCGGAAGCAUGGCAGGCAGCAGAAUGAAGCUCGUCAUUCAAGCACUCAAGGUUUUCCUCAAGUCACUUCCUGUUGGGGUCAAGUUCAAUGUCUGCUCAUUUGGCUCUAGCCACUCUUUCCUUUGGCCAAAGAGUGUUACGUAUAGCCAGGAAACACUCGAUGCAGCCACCCGGCAUGCGGAUACGUUCUCUGCCAACUAUGGCGGAACCGAGAUGUUGUACCCAUUAAAAGCGACCAUUGACCAGCGGUACAAGGAUAUGUCACUCGAGGUCGUGAUGCUGACUGAUGGCGAGAUCUGGAAUCAACAAGCUCUGUUCACAUAUCUCAAUCAGUCCAUCACCGACAGCAAAGCACCCAUCCGGAUCUUUACUCUUGGCAUUGGCAAUGGCGUUUCUCACUCGCUGAUCGAGGGCGUGGCGAGAGCAGGCAAUGGUUUUUCGCAAACUGUUGGUGAGGGCGAGCAGAUGGAUAGCAAAGUCGUGCGCAUGUUGAAGGGAGCAUUAUCUCCGCACAUCAACGACUACACACUCGAAGUGAAGUACUCAAAUAGCGCGUCGUCGGACGAAGAGGAUGACUUCGAGAUUAUCGAGCGGGUGACUGACAGUCUGAAAAUCAAGCUUGAUCUAGGGGAGAAAAAGGUGGAAAAUAUAACUAAAAAGCCAAUCUCGCUCUUCGACCCAUCUGUAGAUUUAGACAAGCAAGAGCCGUCAGCAUACGACGAAACCGGCGAGGGGCGAUAUGCGCAUCUGCCAGAGAUCCCUGCUCCUAGAGUCCUCCAGGCACCACAAAAUAUCCCCUCACUUUUCGCCUUCAACCGAACAACAGUCUACCUCCUACUCGGUCCCGACGCCCCGAAAGCCACGCCAAAGUCAGUUGUUCUUCGUGGGACCAGCGCCCAUGGUCCUCUCGAGCUUGAGAUACCAAUCCAGAUCCUCGAUGUACCUGGCGAAACGAUCCACCAGCUCGCGGCCAAGAAAGCGAUUUCCGAGCUGGAGCAAGGCCGUGGUUGGCUUCCCGAAGCCAAAGAUGAGGCUGGAAGUCUGAUCAAGACCCAACUAGAAGGCCGCUUUGAUGACAUGAUUGAGCGCGAAGCAGUGCGAUUGGGCGUGCAGUUCCAAGUCGGUGGCAAAUGGUGUUCCUUCGUCGCCGUGGAGAGCAAAAAGAGGAAGGCAGAAGAUGAGAAGAGAAUGGAAAAAUGGGAUUGGCUAGAAGACGAAGCCCCAGAGCCACCCGCGGGCUUUGGGGGUGGAGUCGGCAGUGGUCACCACGGCCACAACAUUCAGAUUCUACCGCAGUUAGCGCAGCAGCAGCAACUACUACAACAACAACAACAACAACAACAACAGCAGCAAGCAUUUAGCAGCAGUCUCUUCGGCUCAUAUGUGCUCGGAAGCACGAACCAGAUCAAACGCCCUGCAGCAUUCGCUCAAGCGCAGAGUGUAAAUUCCACUCAAUCUUCUGGAGGCAAGUAUGCUCUCCAAGAUUAUCAGGCGCAGUGUAUGAUUCUCCAGCAACAGAACGACAGGCUUUUCAUACUGAGGCAAGGAGUUGAUAAUAAUCAACAACUCCCUCAAGCAGCAUCUACCACCUCGCCUGGUAUGUCGCCUGGUAUGUUGUUCGGUUCUGCUCCUCAAGGCACGUCGUCCCACGCUUUCGGCGCCGCAGCGCCAGCUCCAGCUCCUGCCCCAGCUGUGCCUAGCAUGCCAGCUGCGAGCGCAGCCUUUGGCAUUACAAACGAGGAAGAAGAUGAAGACCAAGGUUUCGGCCUCUUCGACUCGGGUACGAACGACGACUCAGUGCUCGAGAACUUCGAUUUCGACACCUUCCUUGCGGCGGAUGAAGAAUUAGGACCUGGUAGGGAUUCUCAGCGUGAUAUUGGCACUGUUCAAGACUUUGGAUCUCCAUCAUUUGCAUGCUAUUCACCGACUUCUGACACUACAUCUACGCCAACUGCGGAGACCAACCCGCCUAGUGGGGCAUUUUCUGUUCCAUCUGCACCCGCACCUGCACCCAAAACGUUGGAGGAAUUGUUGCAUUACCUCAUCGAUCUGCAAACUUUCGAAGGGUCCUGGGAAUGGAGUGACACAGUCGUUGCAUCGAUUCAAUCAGCGUCAGUCAACUUGGACAAAUCACUCGUUGAACGUAGAAUCUCCACUGGAGUCCAUCAGAAGCAUCUCGCUACCGCCAUUGUAGUCGUCAUCUUCGAAGUCAAAUUGCUAGAGUUCAAGGGGAGUUGGGAGUUAGUCGUCGAUAAGGCGAGGGCAUGGUUGGAGGCGGAGGUGGGGGAUGCGGAGAAGGUUGUCGAGAGUGUCCGUAUGGUGGUUUUGUAGGGGUAGGGCUGGAUGAAGUCGAGGUGGGUCAGUAGAUAGAUUGAUAAGCGACUCUUCGCAUUCAGUAUCAAAUGGAGUAUACUUGAGCUGUUACGUCUUCAACUACUUGACACAUAACAACUAGAAUUAAGCUGGAGGCCCUUCAGCAUGGUAUACAUUCAC